UUUUUAAAAAAAAAUUCCCCAAACAUAUUUGAAAUAACACAAGUACAUUUUUAAAAACAUUUUUGUCAGCAGAGACCUGCUCAUCUGAAUCCCAUUUUAACUUUAUAAUGCUCCCAUUCACUUCCAGGCAAUGUUGACAUUUCUGGUAACAGGCCACCACGUCAUGUUGAGGUCUGCAGGCCUAUAAAUUUCUGCUGAAGGGCGUGAUCCAUCGCAGUGUCAUUCACCAGAGAUACCUGGACAAUUCUCCCACAAGUUGUUAUAUUUUUCUGUUUUUCUCUGUUUUCUUUUUCCUGGGGACAUCAUCACUUGACGACUUUAGUUUUUGGAACUUUUAUCAUCAAGUCUGGGAGCCAGCGGGGAUGUGCGGAACAAACACUGAUCUGCAAAGUAAAGGUGGAGGACGUGUCAACCAGCUAGGAGGGAUGUUUCUCAACGGCAGACCUCUCCCAGAGUCCAAGAGGAGGAAAAUGAUAGAACUGGCCUCGGAGGGAGUCCGUCCAAGCCAAAUAUCCAGGAUACUUCGGGUGUCCAACGGGUGCGUCAGUAAGAUCCUGAGCCGUUACCGCAGCACAGGACUCCUCGAGCCCAAGACCAUCGGAGGGAGCCGACCUCGACUCCUCACCCCCGGUGUCAUCUCCACUAUAAUCCAGUGCAAGAGGGAAAACCCAACUAUUUUCGCUUGGGAAAUUCGAAAGCGUCUGGCAGCAGCACGAAUGUGCAAGGUCUCGAAAGUGCCCAGCGUGUCAUCUAUAAAUCGGAUUUUAAGAAAGAUCCACUUGGACCACGGACCCAUGUGCAUGGAGAUCAACAGAGGUGAGCAGGGUCUUGAUUCUUUGAUUCAAGAAGAUGGGAAUCAGAGAGCGAUGUUUGAGACAGUGAGCAGUAAUGACCAGAAACCUAAAGGUGUCCAGCAGCGAAACCGCACCACCUUCUCCCCAGAGCAGAGCAGAGCACUUGAGCAAGAAUUCUCUCACAGCCAGUAUGCAGACAUGUACAUGAGAGAGAAACUGUCCGCCAAGAUCAAACUUCCUGAAGACACCAUCAAGGUCUGGUUUUCAAACAGACGGGCUAAAUGGAGGAGGGAAACCAAACAGAGGAGUAGCGCGCAGACUGCAGACCUUCAAAGGCAAAGACAUCAUGUUCCGACAGUGUGUGUGAAUCCAGCAGUGACACACAGCUCCACAUCGCACCAGGAUUAUGUUUGUGUUGAUUUGAAGGCAACAGCUGUGCCAAGAUUCUACUGUCAAAACCCAGAGGCCUCCUCCUCAUACAACACAGUUGCCAGGAAAUUGCACAAUGGCUUCAUUUUCCCAACAGAGACAGGUAUCAGAAACUCUGAACGUCUGACAUCCAUCUCAGUGCCACCCUCAUUCCUCCAUCAGUCAAAUAACACAGUGACCCAGAACAUAGACAAGACUCCACUGGCUCUCCACACAGAUAGAUUCACCCUCCCGUUGGUUCACCAUCCUUCAGACACAAGGACACCGCUCCCUCUAACAACGGAGACAAUAAGAGCAGAGUGCCCCGUGACUCACUGCUGGAACCAGCAGGGGGUUUCUUUUACUUGGAGCCAGUUUCAAACAGAUGAGAGGUUUCUGUUUGCCCAGCAGCCCUGGGAUGUGAGUCCACACUAGCACCUGGACUAAUUGUGACCAUGUCUCUGAGUAUGUUUAAUGUUCUUUUGAUCACUGAAAUCUUUUUGUUCGGGUGCCGCUCAUUGUCUGGGCUGGAGGGACAGAUCCUGGCCAGCAGAGGGCGACAAAGGACUGAACUUACAACCUUGUCCCUGACACUUUUUUUUACAUAAACUGCAGCUUCAUUUAUCACUUUUCUGUGAAUCUGUUCUCUUGAAAUGCCAGUAAUAAGGAAUAAGGAGUUAGAGAAGGUCAUAUCUUAAGUUUAUUCAAAGUCUUUCAUUGGUUCCAUCAGACAACGUGGUGGGUUUUAAAUCCACUGAGCUGACUUGUAAAGAAGACAAAGUUGAUGCAGCUCUAUAAGACAUGAAGUGCUGAACAAAGCUGGACAGAUAGGAUGGUAAUAAAUAUUUUUACUGAUGUGAAUUUCCAGAAAGUAAGGUGUUAUGUGCCAAGGUGUGAUGAAGCCAAUAAACACAAGUUCUGCUUGAGAGAGUGUAGAUUUUAGAGGGUACAUUUAAUGCUGAUGGAUAAUGUUAUAGAUGCUCUACAGUAUAUCUGGUCAGUGAUGUACUGUGAUUGUAACAUAAAUCAUAGCUCCAUGGAUCAUUUAAGGUGACUGCUAUAAUAAUAUAUGGAUGUUAUCUCUUUUAUAGUCUUGGGCUUGCUGUGUGUUUGAAUGCAGAAGGCGGUUCAGGGGCCCCUCCAAGACUUCUUUCCAGGGAUGGCCAGUGGGAAAAUCUAUAAAAGUAUAGCUUCAAAAAGUCUAAACAUGAUCUGAUAUCUGCUCCGCUCGGUAUCAGUUU